UCGCGCGGAAUUCGGGCUGCGUCCGGCGCUGCGAGCAGGAAAGGGGGAGUGGUGAAGUCGCAGUAGAAGCCCCAGCGGUGUCAAAAAGCGGCAGAGAUGGCGGAUUCCUCAGAGUCCAAUGUGGCAACCAGCCCUGUGCGCAGCUCUCGUAGGGGAGAAGCCUUCACUUCUAGUCCUGGGAGAGAUCUGCCCCCCUUUGAGGAUGAAUCUGAAGGACUCUUGGGAACAGAGCAGCUCCCUGAUGAAGAGGAAGAUGGAGAAGAGCUGAUUGGAGAAGGGAUGGAAAGGGACUACCGCCCUAUUCCAGAGCUUGAUUUCUACGAACCUGAAGGCUUGGCUAUGGAUGAUGAAGAUCCGGAGGAAUUGACUGCCAGCCAAAGGGAAGCGGCAGAGAGAGCAAUGCGGCAGAGGGACCGUGAGAUGGGCCGUGGCCUGGGCCGCAUGCACAGUGGCCUGCUUUAUGAUAGUGAUGAUGAAGAUGAGGAUCGUCCUUUGCGGAAGAGGCGCCUGGCUGAGCGAGCUGCUGAUGGCGAGGAUGAAGAUGAAGACAUGAUUGAGAGCAUUGAGAACCUGGAAGACAUGAAAGGGCACUCUGUGAGGGAGUGGGUGUCUAUGGUAGCUCCUCGGCUUGAGAUCUACCACCGCUUCAAGAACUUCCUGAAGACUCAUGUGGAUGACCAUGGCCACAAUGUCUUUAAGGAGAGGAUCAGUGACAUGUGCAAAGAGAACAGAGAGAGCCUGGUGGUGAAUUAUGAAGACUUGGCUGCUCGGGAGCACGUCCUCGCCUAUUUCCUUCCAGAAGCCCCAGCAGAAAUGUUGAAGAUCUUUGAUGAAGCGGCCAAGGAAGUGGUGCUAGCAAUGUACCCCAAAUAUGACCGGAUUGCCAAGGAAAUCCACGUCCGCAUCUCCCAUCUGCCUCUGGUGGAGGAGUUAAGAUCACUCAGGCAGCUGCACUUGAACCAGCUGAUCCGUACGAGCGGAGUUGUGACGAGCUGCACAGGGGUCCUGCCCCAGCUCAGCAUGGUCAAAUACAACUGCACCAAGUGUAGCUUCAUCCUAGGGCCUUUCACGCAGUCCCAGAACCAGGAAGUAAAGCCAGGAUCCUGCCCAGAGUGUCAGUCCGUGGGUCCCUUUGAAAUUAACAUGGAAGAGACGGUCUACCAGAACUACCAGCGCAUCAAAAUCCAGGAGAGCCCAGGGAGAGUGGCAGCGGGCAGGCUCCCUCGCUCCAAGGAUGCCAUCUUGCUCGCCGACCUAGUUGACAGCUGCAAGCCAGGAGACGAGAUUGAGCUAACUGGAAUAUACCAUAAUAAUUAUGACGGAUCUUUGAACACUGCCAAUGGGUUUCCCGUCUUUGCGACAGUGAUCCUGGCUAAUCACAUUGCCAAGAAGGAUAAUAAGGUGGCUGUUGGGGAGCUCACAGAUGAGGACAUGAAGGUCAUCGUAGGCCUGUCCAAGGAUGAGCAGAUUGGAGAGAAAAUCUUUGCCAGCAUUGCUCCUUCCAUCUAUGGUCACGAAGACAUCAAAAGGGGCCUGGCUCUAGCCCUGUUUGGAGGAGAACCCAAAAAUCCAGGAGGAAAACAUAAGGUCCGUGGCGACAUCAACGUCUUGCUUUGCGGAGAUCCUGGAACGGCCAAGUCUCAGUUCCUCAAAUACGUGGAGAAAGCGUCCAGCAGAGCGAUCUUCACCACUGGCCAGGGAGCUUCUGCUGUCGGUCUGACGGCUUAUGUGCAGAGGCACCCUGUGAGCAAGGAGUGGACCCUUGAGGCAGGAGCCCUUGUGCUGGCAGACAGGGGGGUUUGCUUGAUAGAUGAAUUUGACAAGAUGACUGAUCAGGACAGGACCAGCAUCCACGAAGCCAUGGAGCAGCAGAGCAUCUCCAUCUCCAAGGCUGGCAUUGUCACAUCUCUGCAAGCCCGCUGCACCAUCAUUGCUGCCGCCAACCCCAUAGGUGGGCGCUAUGACCCUUCCUUGACUUUCUCUGAAAACGUGGAUCUGACUGAGCCCAUCAUAUCUCGGUUUGAUAUCCUCUGUGUGGUCAGAGACACAGUGGAUCCUGUUCAGGACGAGAUGCUGGCUCGGUUUGUGGUCAGCAGUCACAUCAAACAUCACCCCAACAGCAAGGACGUUGCGAACGGAGACUCCCAAGAGAUUGUCCUCCCAAAUACUUACGGCGUAGAACCCAUCCCACAGGCGAUCCUGAAGAAGUACAUUAUUUAUGCAAAGGAAAAAGUCCACCCAAAACUCAACCAGAUGGACCAGGACAAAGUUGCCAGGAUGUACAGUGAACUCAGGAAAGAAUCGAUGGCGACCGGAAGCAUCCCCAUCACCGUGCGUCACAUUGAGUCCAUGAUCCGGAUGGCCGAGGCCCACGCCCGCAUGCACCUGCGGGACUACGUAGUGGAGGACGACGUCAACAUGGCCAUCCGGGUGAUGCUGGAGAGCUUCAUUGACACGCAGAAAUUUAGUGUCAUGAGGAGCAUGCGGAAGACUUUCUCCAGGUACCUCGCCUUCAGGCGAGAUAACAACGAGCUCUUGCUGUUCAUUUUGAAGCAGUUGGUGUCGGAACAGACGAUGUACCAGAGGAAUCGCUACGGGGCUCAGCAAGAUACCAUUGAGGUGCCAGAGAAAGAUUUAGUUGAUAAGGCUCGCCAGAUCAACAUCCACAACCUUUCUGCCUUCUACGACAGUGAAUUGUUCAAGAUGAACAGGUUCAGCCGCGACGUGAAACGGAAACUGAUUGUGCAGGCAAUCUGAGGGCAGCAAAUUCCUGAGUGGCUCCGGAUAAUAAGAAUUUGGAACUGUGCUUCCUCCAGUGGUGCAGUGAUACACAGGCCAUUGCAAAGCAUUUC